AUGUCGAAUGGUUUUUCUAUGAUUGACGAAGAUAAUCGUGUUUACACAAAAAGAUCAAAUGGAAAAUUUAUCAUCAUGUCAUUAUAUGUUAAUGACAUAUUAAUAGCUGGGAAUGACCUAUAUUAUCUAACUCAUGUCAAAGCUUGGACGUCGUCUAACUUUGAAAUGAAGGACACGGAUACUCAUAUUGCCAAAGGUGAUAACCUGAGUCGAAGAUUAUGCCCCAAGACUCUAGAAGAACAAGAUAAAAUGAACCAGGUUCCUUAUGCAAAUGCAGUUGGAAGUUUGAUGUAUGCAAUGAUGUGUACAAGACCUGAUAUUUGUUUUGCCGUGGGGAUGGUAAGCAGAUAUCAAUCCAAUCCAAGUCCAGCACAUUGGAUAGCAAUUAAAAGGAUAUUGAGAUAUCUUAAAGGUAUUGCGGACUACUCAUCGUGUUAUCAAUGUGGUAAUUUACAAUUGAGAGGCUAUACAGAUGUCGAUUGGGCAAAAGAUACGGAUGAAAGAAAAUCCACUUUUGGUUUUGUUCUCUUGCUUAACAAUGGAGCUAUAUCUUGGAGUAACAAGAAAUAA